GUUUGCAGCCUUUGACACCUGAGUGCCACACCUUCGGGAGAACACAUGGAAAAUAGGAACAAUGUGACUGAAUUUAUCCUCCUGGGUCUCACACAAAGCCUUGAGGGACAAAGAGUUCUCUUUGUUGCAUUCUUACUCAUCUACAUUGUGACGCUAGUGGGCAAUCUGCUAAUCAUGGUGACCAUCAGAGCCAGCCAGUCACUGGGGUCCCCCAUGUACUUCUUUCUGGCUUAUUUAUCAUUUAUAGAUGCUGUCUAUUCUACCACCAUUGCUCCAAAAAUGAUUGUAGACUUGCUGUAUGAUAAAAAGACAAUUUCCUUCCGUGCCUGUAUGGCUCAAGUCUUUAUGGAUCAUUUCAUUGCUGGUGCUGAAGUCAUUCUUCUGGUGGUGAUGGCCUAUGACCGAUAUGUGGCCAUCUGUAAACCUCUUUAUUAUUUGAUCAUCAUGAAUCAGCGGGUAUGUGUUCUCAUGCUGCUCGUGGCCUGGACUGGAGGCUUUCUGCACUCAUUGGUUCAAUUUCUCUUUAUUUAUCAGCUCUCUUUCUGUGGCCCCAAUGUCAUUGAUAACUUCCUGUGUGACGUGUACCCCUUAUUGAAACUUACUUGCACCAAUACCUCCCUCAUUGGACUUUCUAUGAUGGCUAACGGAGGGGCAAUUUGCACUGUUGUCUUCUUCAUUCUCCUAGUUUCCUAUGGGGUCAUAUUACACUCCCUUAAGACUCAUGGUUUGGAAGGGAAACGCAAAGCCUUCUAUACCUGCGCGUCCCAUAUGGCAGUAGUCAUU